AUUUUAAAUUUAUUGAUUGAUGAACUGGGAUUUAUCAUCGCAUAACACAACCAACGACGCAAGAGUCGCUUUGUAGAAAGCUGUUCCCAUUACUGAAUUUUCAUCGUAGAUUUGGGCGAUCAUCUGGCAACAUUCUCACUGAUUUAACAGAAAUGUCAAAGGUCCAGUCAGCUGUGUGUGUUUACAAAAAUCUUUCAUUGUCAAAAUCAAACAAAUCUUGACUUGUAUCUUAUAUAACCAAAAAAUAUACCAUAUUAACUUAUGAAAAUAAUAAUCGAAAAUGGCAUCGCGAUGCAGAUAUUUUUGUAGAAGAUUACUUCAUAUGAAAAGGUACUAUUGUCCAACAAUUCAACUACCAAAAGUUCCAUUUGGUAGAACUGUCGUGCCAUGUACGUUGGGAUUUUCGUUAUUUACAUGGUUAGGCUUUAACAAGAAACUAAGCGCGGAAGACGAAUUAAUUAAAACUAUAAAACAUUGUGUACUCUUUUCUCAAAGAGGUGAAUACGAAAAAGCAGAACAACUAUUACAUGUUGCAUUGAGGCAAGCACAACAGAUGAGAAAUGAACUUGGUAUAACGUACAUUUAUGAUAUUAUGGCCAAUUUGGCUUUGGAAAGGGAACAACUAGAUAAAGCUAAGCAAUUAUUUGUUGCUGUCACCCAAAGAAUAAUGGCAGAAGGUGCAAAAGAGGAUGAUCCUCGUGUUAUACACAUUAGUGCGAAAUUAGCUAGAAUAAGUCAUUUAAAAAAAGAGUAUUCUACAGCUAAAUUAGGUUAUGAUUGGUGUUUGAGUAAAUUAAAAGAAUUACCUCCAAAAUCAUUAAAUGAAAUAGAAAAACUUAUAGCUUUGACUGAAGAUUGGUAUGGUCGUCUAUUAGUUGACUAUGAGAAUAGUAAUAAAGGUCUGGACCUGAUGAUAAGUUCUUUGAGCAGAAUGGAGAAACUAGAUGUAGAAAAAGAACAUAUAGUAAUACAGAUGAAUGACAUUGCAACUGUUUGUGAUCAUCUUGAAAAAUAUGAUGAAGGCAUCAGUUACUUAUUACAAGCUAUUGAGAUUGGUAAACAAUUACCGGACAUGAAUGAAUUAGGAGCUGUUUAUGUUAAUUUAGGACGGCUGUAUAUGAAGAAAAUGUUAUUGGAAAAAGCUAGAAAAUCAUGUGGGACAGGGUGGAAACUUGGUGUCACAGCAAAAAAUGAUGAUAUUAAGCAUGAAGCAGAAUUAUGUUUUAAAGAAAUUAAAAAAUUGUCCUAAGUGUAUAAUAUUAAAAUAAAUAAAUUUAUCUGU